AUGGCAUGGGGGACGUCACCGUCGCCUCCUGCGGCCGCUCCAGCAGCUCCGACGCCCAUGACAGCUAAUAACGUUAUCUUUCUUAUACUCUUUGGCAUGUUCCUUAUGGCUACACUUUUGCCUAUACUCAUGGCUACACUCUUCCGUCUCGUCAUACUCGUUUCUGCUGUGAUAGUUAUUGCUGUAGCAACGAACCCGUCCGAUCAUUCGUUCGCACUGUGGACCAGCCAGCAGAAUGAACCGGGAGAUCUAGUGCCUGACGUGUCUGUGGGCGUCUCCAAGUGGUUCUCAGCAGUGUAUCAGACAGCUAAAGCUCUGGUCUGCAAUGAGCCAUUAACUUGGCGUUUUCACAAUGCGCUGGUCUUUAGUGUCGUCCAUGUGCCGUGCAGAGAGCGCUACGCCUUUGGUGUUUUUGGGACGUGGCGCUGGGCUGAUGAGGCUGGUGAUUUUAUUAAAGCUUUGUGUCGUGCACCGUGGGUGAUGAAGAUAUCGAGAGGUGGAUUCAUGUCAAGUAUCGAAAAUUAUACCGUAAAAGGCUCUGAGAUUAUUGGAGAUUCAAGUUUUGAUGGAGUGUUAAGACGUAGAAAAGCUACAGCAUCAACAGGGUCCGUAACUAGUUAUAAUGAGGUGAAAACCGAGUCGCAUCGGCAGAUUCGAGCAAAGGCUAUGCAGUUUAAAGUGAGAAAAGACUGGAAGAAUGCUGCAGUGUUUUUCAGGGAGGCGGCGAAGGUGGCCGGUGCUUUGCUGACACGUGCCAACUACGAGUUGGAAUCAGCGUGGUGCACAUUAGAGGAAGCGGAAACGUACCCGAAUGAGCAGAGUGAUCUGUUUCAGCGCAUCCGAAGUGUGUGUGAUGAGUUGGCUACUGCUGGGUACUUUGAUGAAGCAGCUCGCGGGCUUUCUGAGUUGGCUCUACGAUUAAAGCGAAAAUUCCCAGUAGAUUGUAAAAAGAUUGAGCAGGCCAUGGAAGUGGCAGAGCUGUAUCUGCAAGCCAAGAAUGUUGCCGAAGCUGGUGGUAGUGCGCACACUGCUGCAGAAAAUGGUUUGUCGGCGGCACGGUUGUAUACUGAUGCUGGCUUGUGGUCGCUUGCUGGCACCUGUUUUGAGGCGGUUGGUGACAUUCGACGUGGUCAUGAGCAAAACGAACUUGCAAAUGAAGCAUACGGCAAUGCUGUUCUCUGUCGCUUUGGCCAACUAGACAUGGCUGGGGCAGAGAGUAUGCUAAAUCGAUUUACAGAGCACAUGGGUGACACACACCGCUCGACUGACAUGGAUAACUUCCUGUUUAGCAUACUGGAAGCUUGCAGCAAAUGGUCGCCACAGGUCCUUGAGAGGGCAGCUAAGCGCUAUGAUUCGUUGCAUCGGCUGGCGCCAUGGCAGCGUACUUGUCUUGCCAAAUUGCAGGAUAAAAUGAACAGUGCUGACUUGCGCUAA